GAGAUAAGAAAGUAGACAAAAUAGCGGAGCCCACAGCCCCUCACUGCCUCCAGGCCCCAGGAGUUGCAGCUGCGUUGGGUGCUCUGUCUCCGAGCCGGAGCCAGCGAUGGAGAAGACCGUGGUGCUCAUUACAGGCUGCUCCUCGGGGAUCGGCCUGGGGCUGGCCGUGCGCCUGGCCUCGGACGCCUCCCGCAGGUUUAAAGUCUACGCCACCAUGCGCAACCUGGCCAAGAAGGAGCGGCUGCUGGAGUGUGUGCGGGGCUGCCACGCCAGCACCCUGGAGAUCCUGCAGCUGGAUGUCACCGACCCGCUCUCGCUCGCCGCAGCCGCGCAGCAGGUGCAGGAGCAGCGCGUCGACGUGCUGGUGUGCAAUGCCGGGGUGGGGCUGAUGGGCCCCCUGGAGACCUGCUCCUUCCAGGCCAUGAAGACCAUCUUUGACGUGAACGUGUUUGGGACCAUUGGCACCAUCCAGGCCUUUCUGCCCGGCAUGAAGCGUCGCAAGGCCGGCAAGAUCAUCAUUUCCAGCAGCGUGGGGGCGCUGCAAGGGAUCCCCUUCAACGCCGUGUACUGUGCCAGCAAGUUUGCAGUGGAAGGUCUGUGUGAGAGCCUGGCUGUGAUCCUCCAGCAGUUCAACGUGCACGUCACGCUGAUCGAGUGCGGCCCGGUCAAUACGAGCUUCCUGGCCAACCUGCAGCGGACGGACGCCGCGGGCAGCGCACUGCAAGGCCUGGACCCACAGACCCGCGCCCUGUACAGCCAGUACCUCCAGCACUGCCAGAACCUCUUCCGCGACGUGGCCCAGGACACCGAGGAGGUCCUGCAGGUGUUCCUGGAAGCCAUCUGCGCCCCCUGCCCCCCUCUGCGCUCUUUCACCACCCAGUUCUUCAUGCCGCUCACCCGGCUCAAGCUAACGAGCCCCGACGGCUCGGAGUACGUCCGCGCCAUGCACAAGUUCGUGUUCUCUGCGGGCGAGGCCCAGGGCGACCAGGCGUGAGGGGGAGCAGCACGGCUGUCCCAGAGCGAGGGGCAGGUUCAGCGUGAAGCAGCCCCUGUGUUGCCUGAGUUUGUAGGGGGGCCUGUGCUCCCCCCCGGUGGGAAUACGACCCUGCCACGGAGCUCCAAUAAAUGUGUCUGCUCCCUG